UGUCUGCAGUGUCGCGCUCGCGCUCGCGCCGCAGUCUUUCACAUGUGCGAGAUCGGAUAAGCAUGUACACUCGAGGUAGGGGUGAGAGGAGCAAUACUGUGGUCCCUCUGGUAAUCAUGCUCGCGUCCUCCGUGUUGGCGGACGGUCUCCUCUCCUGUAGGGCCAAGACGUGCAGUCAUCCCACGCCGUCACCCGUGUGGCAGAACCCGUGCGGUCUUCGCAACCGCAUUCUCGCCCGCAAACGCUACCUAAACUUGGCUCUCGAGAACAACGAGAUCUCCCCUGAUGGUCUGCGUCACCCAAGCACCAGGCCGCUGAGACGUGUACGCACCCAACUGAGGAUAGCCUACAACCACUUCCGCAGCGGCCUCCUUCAGCGGGACAUCGCUGUCGUCUACUCUGGGGUGAAGAACUUACUAAAGGAAGAGUUCGAAUACGACUGGCUACCUGGAAACCAGCUGGCCUGGUACCGGGACUCUAUCAAGUGUCUGGACAAGAAAUCUAAGGUUGAGGUACUGCUGCCCAGUCUACACUCAGCCUUGCAGAACUUCUCAGCUACGUUUGAGGACCUGCGUCGCUACGGGGGCGAGUCACACCACGGAGAACACCAAGAGAUCUACUACACCCGGAGCCAUCUAUUAGCAGAGAUCAGCCAUCAGGUCAAGAAGCUUCUGUGUGAGGUGGAGACGUCUAUCCUGAACGUAGGGCUGCAACUGCCGUCGCGGCUGAGUGCUGAGGCAGGAUACAACAUGAUCUGGGACGUACAGCCAGACCACACUGGCGGUCUGAUCCAGGACUGGGGCGUGCUGGCGGCCUAUCAGACGUUCCUGGACGACUGGCUCAAGAUAGUGCGGCGACUGGUGGGCAACAAGAGCAACAUUCCGUGCAAGCCGCGACACAAGAAGAAGACGACCAGGAAGAAGCUCAAGCCUCGGAGAUAGAGGACACUUUUAGGUUAAGUACAGUACGGGUGGAGAGCGGAUAAAGGGACAGUCACACUGGAACUCUUAAAAACUACUCAAGCAUAUGGUUGGCAAUUCAUUUUCAAAACCGUAAGAAAUAUUGGUAAUAAAAUAAACUAAUUAAAAACGUUGUUUGUGUAAAACUCGUAUUGGGUUAACAAUAAGUAAGCUCUUUAUUCCAAGUUAACUGUUGGAUAUUUAGGACUCUUACAAAACACAAAAUCAACAGAAAAUCUCAAAAUAAGUAUCUUUAAAGAACGGAAUGCCAGUGUGUACAGAGAAUAAGGUGUUAAGGUUGUAGUUAUAAAUACCUUCAUCUGCCUUUACCCGAAGAAUUAAAUAGCCUAAUAUUCUGUGGAAAACUGUCAGUAUUUUAAUACUAUUUAUUAUAGAUGAAUGUACGUGGUUUUACAAAUACAGGGUAAGAUAAUAGCUUUAAGUAUAGUACAUAGUGUUUUUGUUUUGUAAGGUUUCAAAUGUUGGACGUGGAAUUAAGUUGUUAUAGUGAUCAUACACAAUUGGACACUUUUUAUGUUAAACUAUUUGGUAAAAGUAUUACAAUUUUACGCAUUAUCUUGUGAAAGGUUAGUAGAUAGAAAAUAAACCUUUCAAUGUACGAUACGUUUCCACCAAGAAGAUAUUUAUAUAACCUUAAAAAGCAAUACAAAAUGUUCUUACAACAAGGGGACAUAAUAAAACUGCACCCAGAACAUUUAUGUCUUACUUCCUUUAACGGUGAAAACUCUGUAAUUUGUUAAAUCAUCAUUGUGCAAUUUUAUUAUUUAGUGUUUAAAUUAAGAUAUUAGUUGACAAUCAAUAGAAUUAGGUAUGUAUACAAUCAAACCAAAUCUAUAUAGAAUAUGCCUGAUUAUUUAUACUUUAUUUUAGGUAGCGAAAUGAUAAUAGUUUUAUAAGGAGUAAAUCAAACCUUUUAGGAAGCUCAAACAAACUUUCGCUCCAAGAUCGGUUGUUGCAUUCCUGUUUACGGUACGUAAUGUAGUAACUAGGGCUGGAAGCAAGGUCUAGGAACUCCACCUAGGCAAACAAGAUGUGGGGCCGCAGAAGAUCAUGUGAACCAACUUUUUACAGAUUUAGUUUAAAAGGUUUUACACUAAUGACAAAAAUCAGAUGUAUUUUAGCUUUGUUCAAAUUGGUUGGGAACUGAUACCACAUCCAUUCAAUUUGAUAUAUGAUACCUUUCUAGAAACUAUUAUAACUUACGUUACCCCUUGGCUAUAUGUUGUUUCCAAUUGAUAGUAACUGAUUUGUUACACCGGAGUGUGGUGGAUUCUGUUAUUAAUCAAUUCCUAGUUUAUAAACCCUCCAUUGUCUGGAGCUAAUAGAGAGGUAAUAUUUUAAAACGACUUAACAGUACCAUCGUUAUUGAUUUUGAAAAUUACAACUUGAUAUUUAAGCAUUAGAGCUAUUAUUUCAUUCAUAAACAAAAUACUAGUGAAAUAUGCUUCAUUUUAAAUAUGGGAACCAACGUUUAUUUUAAAAGGGCUUAAAGUUUCGUUACAAACUCGAUCUACACUUACAACGAAUCCUAUCUAAACUUCGUAUCCUAUGGCAUGUAUACGAUAAAAUAUAAUACAUUUAUGUUGUUUAGCAAAGUACUUAACAAAUUUAGUAAUAUAUAUUAUGGUAGCAAUAGUUUAAAACUUUAAGGAAAAAGCAAAUGUAAGAUGUUUAACAAACAAGUUCCUAUUUUAGUUUAAGAUGGGUGUUAUCAAAGUGUCUUUCUUAUAAGUGUGUAAAUUAUUUAUUGUAGUUAGUCUCAUUUUGUAUAAUUGUU